AUGAGCCCUCUGGCAUUGCCUCAAUGCUCACUCUCGUCGGACUUGCCGACCUUCCCAGACUACAGGAUAGAUGAUCUUGAUCACCGAGUCGCUACUGACCAGAAUGUUGUCGACUGGUGCCGACACUGGCGCCAACACGCGAAGAAUAGAUCAGGUCAAGACCGCCUGCUCGGCGAAUGGACCUCCAACCUGCUGGUCAAGAUCAGCGACGAAGCGGUGGUGAAAUUUGGCGUGCUGGUGACGCCGUCCGAAGCGGCCAACCAAGAGUUUGCCCGAAGCUUACUAGAGUCGCGAUGUCUAUCUGUACGCGUCCCUCGCGUAUAUCGUUUCUUUCAAAGCCAGGAUAUCGACAGCCACUGGCAGGACCCGGUUGGCUUCCUCAUUAUGGAAUUCGUCCCCGGGAUAUCACUCUCAGAUAUGGCUCUUGAAAGUCUACCGCCCUACGUUGACGGAAUCUCUCAGGCCAUACAAGCUAUGCUAGGAACUCACCGCAACACUCCAGGCCCAGUCGAUGGCGGAGAGCCCAAAGGCCCUAUAUGGGCACCCGACUACCGUGCCUACGAACACUUCAAGUCAGUCCACGACCUUGAUGCCUGGUUUGAUCGGGCUCUGGUGCCAGAAGGCGCAACCAUCGAACUGAAUCAAUACCCUCCGUCGUUCUGCCACCUCGAUUUUACUCGGCGUAAUAUAAUUGUCGCCCAUGACCAGACGUUGUAUCUUCUCGACUGGCAAUGCUCUGGCUUCUUUCCUUGGGUCCUUGAAGUAUGGAAUUUCGAAAUUACUCUGGCCAACGAUACCGCGUACAAGGACCUUUUGAUAGGGACACUUCCAUCCCUCAAUGAAAAAGAAAAGGUCACCCAUUGGCUACUGUGGCGUGCCUACUAUAACAACAUGCUUCGCAAUCUGUUAGUCGUCCGCGUACACAGUUGA